ACCACAACAACAAGCAUCAACUCCACCCAAUCUCGAUUCGGAUCAGCGGGUGUCAAAAUGAUGCAGCCGGAGACGCCCAUCUGCAACACCUGUGGCGAACAUAUCGGGCUUGCUUCAGAUGGGACUGGAGUGUUUGUGGCUUGCCAUGAAUGUAAUUUCCCAAUUUGCAAGUCUUGUUUGGAGUAUGAGAUCAAUGAGGGACACACUGCUUGCAUUCAGUGUAGUACCCCUUAUGAUGUGAGCUUGACAAAGGUUGGUGUGGCGGAAAAGGAGCCUGUAACGCGCAACACAAUGGCUGGUCAUCUAAGUAAUAGUCAGGAUGCUGGACUUCAUGCGAGAACUGUAAGCACCGUAUCGACAGUUGAUAGUGAUAUGAUUGACGAAGGUGGGAACCCGAUCUGGAAGAACCGAGUUGAAAGUUGGAAAGAUAAGAAGAAUAAGAAGAAAAAAGGCGGCGGUAAGGUUGCUAAAGAAGUUCAAGUGCCUGUUGAUCAACACAUUGAAGAAAAGCAGCAAUCAGCAGACCCGAAUGCAAUGCAGCCACUUUCACAAAUAGUUCCAAUUCCGAAAAGCCAAAUCGCACCCUAUCGGACUGUGAUUAUUCUUCGGUUAAUCAUUUUGGGACUUUUCUUUCAUUACCGAAUCACGAAUCCUGUUGAAAGCUCCUACGGUUUAUGGCUAACUUCUGUUAUUUGCGAGAUCUGGUUUGCUAUAUCAUGGGUUUUGGAUCAGUUCCCUAAAUGGUCUCCAAUUAAUCGAAUUACAUUUACAGAUGAGCUAUCUGCAAGGUAUGAAAGAGAGGGUGAGCCUUCAGAACUUGCAGCGGUUGAUUUCUUUGUGAGUACAGUUGAUCCAUUGAAAGAACCUCCGCUAAUUACGGCCAAUACUGUACUUUCAAUCCUGGCCGUUGAUUACCCCGUUGAUAAAGUCUCCUGUUAUGUCUCGGAUGAUGGUGCUGCAAUGCUCACAUUUGAGUCCUUAGUUGAAACAGCCGAGUUUGCAAGAAAGUGGGUUCCGUUUUGUAAACGGUUCUCGAUAGAACCACGCGCACCUGAGUUUUACUUCUCUCAGAAGAUCGACUACUUGAAAGACAAAGUGCAGCCAUCGUUCGUCAAAGAACGUAGAGCAAUGAAAAGAGAUUAUGAGGAGUACAAAGUGCGGGUGAAUGCGUUAGUAGCGAAAGCUCAGAAAACUCCGGAAGAAGGAUGGACGAUGCAAGAUGGAACACCGUGGCCCGGAAAUAACCCGCGGGACCACCCGGGCAUGAUCCAGGUAUUCCUAGGACACAGUGGGGCCCAUGACAUUGAAGGAAACGAGCUUCCUCGACUCGUUUAUGUAUCUAGAGAAAAGAGGCCGGGAUAUCAACAUCAUAAGAAAGCUGGUGCUGAAAACGCUUUGGUGAGGGUGUCUGCGGUUCUGACAAACGCGCCAUAUAUUCUUAAUUUGGAUUGUGAUCACUACUUGAAUAAUAGUAAGGCGGUAAGAGAGGCUAUGUGUUUCUUGAUGGACCCUCAAGUUAGUCGUGACGUGUGCUAUAUUCAGUUCCCGCAGAGGUUUGAUGGCAUUGACCGUAGUGACAGAUAUGCUAACCGGAACACAGUUUUCUUUGAUGUUAACAUGAAAGGGUUAGAUGGGAUUCAAGGACCGGUUUAUGUGGGAACAGGUUGUGUGUUCUAUCGGCAAGCGCUAUACGGAUAUGGGCCUCAGUCUUUACCAACAUUACCAAGUCCUUCUUCAUCUUCUUCUUGUUGUUGUGGGCCCAAGAAGCCGAAGAAAGAUCUCGAAGAGUUUAAGCGUGAUGCGAGACGGGAUGAUCUAAAUGCUGCCAUUUUUAACCUCAAGGAGAUAGAAAGUUAUGAUGAUUACGAACGUUCGUUACUCAUAUCGCAAAUGAGCUUUGAGAAAACUUUUGGAAUGUCUUCGGUGUUUAUCGAGUCUACGUUAAUGGAGAAUGGCGGAUUAGCCGAGUCUGCAAACCCUGCAACUAUGAUCAAUGAAGCAAUUCAUGUCAUCAGUUGUGGGUAUGAAGAGAAAACCGCAUGGGGUAAAGAGAUCGGCUGGAUUUAUGGAUCAGUUACAGAGGAUAUCUUAACGGGAUUCAAGAUGCAUUGUAGGGGAUGGAGAUCGAUAUACUGCAUGCCAGUAAGACCUGCAUUUAAAGGUUCGGCUCCUAUCAACUUAUCAGAUCGGUUGCACCAGGUUUUGAGGUGGGCCCUUGGAUCGGUUGAGAUCUUUUUGAGUAGGCAUUGCCCGUUGUGGUAUGGUUGGGGUGGCGGCCGCCUUAAGUUGCUUCAACGACUUGCGUAUAUUAACACCAUCGUUUAUCCGUUCACAUCUCUCCCUCUUGUUGCAUACUGCACAUUGCCCGCCAUCUGCCUUCUGACCGGAAAAUUCAUCAUCCCAACGCUUUCCAAUCUAGCAGCGGUUUGGUUUCUUUGCCUCUUUUUGUCGAUUAUUACAACCAGUGUUCUUGAAAUUCGAUGGAGCGGUGUCAGCAUCGAAGAGCUUUGGAGAAACGAGCAAUUUUGGGUCAUCGGUGGUGUCUCCGCUCAUCUGUUUGCCGUGUUUCAAGGAUUUCUGAAAAUGCUGGCGGGUGUGGAUACCAACUUCACAGUUACCGCAAAAGCGGCUGAUGAUCAAGAGUUCGGGGAGCUUUAUAUGAUCAAAUGGACAACGGUUUUGAUCCCUCCGACGACCCUGCUGGUACUGAACUUAGUAGGCGUUGUGGCAGGGUUUUCGGAUGCGCUAAACAAAGGGUAUGAGGCGUGGGGUCCGCUUUUUGGGAAAGUGUUCUUUGCGUUCUGGGUGAUUCUUCAUUUGUACCCGUUCCUUAAAGGUCUCAUGGGUCGCCAGAACAGGACUCCCACCAUCGUUAUCUUGUGGUCGGUGUUGUUGGCAUCUGUUUUCUCGCUUGUGUGGGUGAAGAUUGAUCCGUUUGUUAGCAAAGGUGAUUCGAGUCUUACACAAGGAUGCAUUGCAAUCGAUUGUUGAGUGCAAAGUUGCAAACUAUAAUUUUUGAAAUAUUUGUUUCCAUAAUGUAUUUUUUUCCCAUUUUCUUAAACACUUGAUUGUAUAAAUGGAUUACAGCAUAAUUGGUGCUUCCUUCUUUCUUAAACUGAUGGAUCAAACUAUGCAUUGAUUAAAUGUUGUUUUUAUUA